AUUGCAUCCCGAGUUUUGCUUUACAAGAACACGGCCGGCGAAGUCAAACUCCACAUCGAUUCGACGCUGGGGAAGAAGCACAAUUCGCGAUGCGACGCGCUGCAAUUAGCUGCGUCGCCGUCCUCCUCCUUUGUCACGCUCUCCUCGCUUCAUCUCUCCGCCCUCGCCAGUUCGUUUACGUCUUCGCCAACGAACACUUAUCCGAAUCGUCUUCCGCCUCGUCGGCCGCCGGCGAAGGAUCAGAGGGAACCGAGGGAUCCGACGAGUGGGAUGAGUUCGGCGACUCGGAGUCGCUCCCGGACGUCGAUUACGACCAAGGAUCGUGGCUCCCUUUCCUCGAGUCGCCGUCUCUUCUGGAUGACCCCUCGUCUGAUGCCCGUGAAGUCCAAUAUGCAUCCGGAGUCCGUCACUUGAUCUCCGCCGCUUCCUCUGGUGACUCUUCCGACAUGGAGGCUGCCGCCGCCGAAAUCGAAGCCUCUGCCUCCCGAGGCUACCCGCACGCGCAAUCCGCCCUCGGUUUUCUAUAUGGCACCGGUCUCAUGCGUGCCCACAGCCGCUCCAAGUCCUUGCUCUACCACCAUUUUGCCGCCGAGGGCGGCAAUCUGCAGUCCAAGAUGGUUCUCGCCUACAACUAUUUACGGCAAGAGGUGCAUGAGAAAGCGCUGGAGCUUUAUUCCGAACUUGCAGAGGCAGCGAUCACGAGCUUCCUGAUAUUGGAGGAGUCGCCUGUGAUAGAACACAUCCGGAUCCACAGCGGUACCGAGGAGAACCAGGAGGAUUUAAGGAAAUCAAGAGGGGAAGCGGAUGAGAAUUUCCAAAUCACGGAGUAUCAAGCAUUGAAGGGUGAUUCUGCUGCCAUGUACCAGAUUGGCUUGUUGUAUUACUAUGGGUUGAGGGGAGUGAAGAGAGACCUCACUAGGGCUUUGGAUUGGUUUUCAAAGGCCGUGGAGAAGCAAAAUCCAAAAGCAAUGGAAUUGCUUGGAGAGAUGUAUGCCAGAGGAGCUGGAGUGGAGAGGAAUUAUACUAAGGCCUUCAGAUGGCUCUCUCUUGCAUCCAAACAUAAGUAUUACUCAGCAUAUAAUGGCUUGGGAUACCUCUACGUUAAAGGUUACGGUGUAGAGAAAAAGAACUACACUAAGGCAAGAGAAUAUUUUGAAAAAGCUGCUGAAAAUAAGGUGCCUGGUGGAUUCUAUAACCUAGGUGUGCUGUAUCUCAAGGGAAUUGGUGUGAAGAGGAAUAUAACAAAAGCAUGCAAAUUACUUCUUAUUGCAGCUGAAACUGGUCAACCAAAGGCCAUCUACCGAGUUGCAAGGUUAUCUCAUAAAGGCAUAGGCUUUAAGAAGGAUCUCCAUAUGGCCACACUUCUCUACAAGGCAGUGGCAGAAAGGGGACCUUGGGGCUCCCUGUUAAGAUGGGCUCUCGAGUCAUAUCUUAAAGGUGAUGUAGGGAAAUCACUUUUGUUGUAUUCAAGAAUGGCAGAGCUAGGAUAUGAAGUGGCUCAAAGCAAUGCAGCUUGGAUCCUCGACAAAUUCAGGGAACAAAGUAUUUGCAUGGGUGAAUCUGGCUUUUGUUCAGAUGCAGAAAGGCAUACCCGUGCACACUCAUUGUGGUGGCAGGCAUCAGAGCAGGGGAACGAACAUGCAGCUUUGUUGGUUGGCGACGCAUACUACUAUGGCCGGGGGACAAAUAGAGACUUUGAACGUGCUGCUGAGGCAUACAUGCAUGCUCGGUCACAAUCCAAUGCGCAAGCCAUGUUCAAUCUGGGAUACAUGCAUGAGCAUGGUCAGGGACUUCCUCUUGAUCUUCAUCUAGCUAAAAGGUACUACGAUCAGGCCCUUGAGCGUGAUGCAGCUGCUGCGAUGCCUGUUAAACUAGCACUUAUGAGCUUAUGGAUAAGGAUGAACUAUGCUGACAGUUUCAUGGUUAAGGUGAUUGAUUCACUCCCAGAAUUGUACCCAAAAUUAGAGUUAUGGGUGGAGGAGGUGCUCAUGGAUGAAGGAAAUGCAACAAUAUUAACUCUUUUUGCUUGUCUCCUGGCUGUACUUUAUCUCCGAGAACGCCAGAGGCGGCAAGCCGUGCCUGUGGCACCACAUCAACCGGAUAUUUUUCUCAACUAGGAGCCUGAAAAAUAUUUACUGGGAUUCAAUAAGUCAAGUGAAAAGCAUAGAUGAUAGGAGAACCUUGGGUACUAUGAAAAUCUUAGAAUCACAGAUCAUAAGACCUUGUCCUCCGCAUUUGAUUUUAUCUUGAGACUGUAAAUAUUAUCCUUGACAGUGUUUCUAUUUUGCCUGAGUUAUUUGCUAUUUCUGCGACAUAAAUUGCAUGAGAAUUAUGUAGAGAUUCACCAAAAUUGCUCCA